AUGUCUAUUAAGCGCGAGCAUGAGCAGGUGGACGAGUCGGGGCCGUCGAAGCCAGAGCAGAAGCGCGCGCGGAAGGCGCGACCAAAGCAGAGCUCAUCGGUAGAUCCCAACUCUGGCCAAAAUUAUGUGUUUGCCACGUACCACAACGCAACAACUAUUCCUGUCGGGGAGGAAUCUGAUUUUGAGGAUGAUACCGACGCAAUGGCAUAUCUGAUGUCCGUGAGAUCUCAAGCAUCCGAGAUACCACACGUUCUUGCGGCGCCUCGAAGGCAGAUUGGGCCGCAGAUACCAAAAGACUUUGUCAGAAUCACACAUGAGGAAUCGGAUGAUGGCGAUAUCAGGGUCGAAGCGGACGAUGAAGUCGAUAAAAGCAUACACAUCACUGGUCUCGGCGACGGCCGGGGCUUCUACGAAGACGGCGCAUAUAUCGGCCGAGAUUACUAUCGCGAUGAUGCCGAGGGCAGCGAUAACUGGGACGAGACUGAGGACGAAGAUGGAGAGGUUUCAGAAGCAGCCGUGUUGGAGGCAUACUCUAGUGCCAUCAUGCAUCAGUAUCACCGCCUGCGUGCUAUCUUGAACAGACCUCCCCCAGUGGAUGCAGCUAAGCGCAUUACGUCUUCACAAGCCACGUAUGUCGCUGCCUUUGGUCCGGGGUCGUCGGCCAUCAAAGUCUGGCCACCGCUCCUGCGCAAUACAGACCCUACUCCACUGCAAGUAUCCCUCAUGUCAAAAGACACCGUCAUCAGGAUACUGCGCCUCAUGCUCGGGGGAAAGUUUUUGCGCCGUGGCUAUCCGAUGCCUGAGCGCACCAGUCGCUGGAUAUGGGCUCUACUGGCAAAGCUACCAGAGCGAGGAGAGCUCAAUCACUCGGAAAUCGGAUGGGUGCGGGACCUUGGUCGAAGAGCUGUGCUGCUGGGUAGAAGCCUUUCUGAAAUGGCUGCGCUCCGCGAAGAGCUUGCAAAGGGAGGGCUAGGGGUGAAUGAUGCUGUGGACGCUAGUAGCAGCGAUGACGAGCUUGUUGCCGACGAGCUUGAUGGCCAAGAAGAAGAUGGUGCGCCAAACGGAGAUGAACCUGAAGAGAUGAACGACAAACCAGAUCAAGGUGCGGGUGAAGAAAGCACCGAAGCGGCGGAUGAGGGUGAAGAUGAUGUGGCAAUGGAUCUCGAGUCUGACUCUGACGAGGGAGAAAUCUGUGAGGACAGAGAGGAGAAAACCUCUGAGAAGGACGAAUCAUUGGAAGCUGCAAAAGCCGCAUUCCUAGCUCGACUGGAGGUACAGACGUCUGAUGACGAAGACGACGAGGAGGAACUUGAUGCCGUUCGGGAGCGGUCUCGAAUGAACAUGCGAGCGACGCUCAACAUGAUACUGACAAUUACCGGCGAGUUCUACGGUCAAAGAGAUUUGCUCGAAUUCCGGGAGCCAUUUGUCGGCAUGUAA